AUGAGUGGUGGAGAGGGGAAUGAACAGACGGUGGGGGCAGAAAUCAGAGGAAGAGACUACGAAGAUCCGCCGCCAGCUUCUCUAAUAGACAUGGAAGAGCUGAAGAAAUGGUCGUUUUACAGGGCUGUGAUUGCAGAGUUUGUCGCCACCUUUCUCUUCCUUUAUGUCGGCAUUGCCACGGUUAUUGGUAACAAGAAGCAGAUUCAUCCCUGCGAUGGUGUUGGCCUUCUCGGCAUUUCUUGGUCCUUUGGCGGCAUGAUCUUCAUUCUUGUCUACUGCACGGCUGGAAUUUCUGGUGGACAUAUAAAUCCAGCAGUGACAUUAGGACUGUUUGCGGCGAGGAAGAUGUCGCUGAUUAGAGCGGCGGCGUAUAUGGUGUCGCAGUGCGGGGGAGCAAUAUGCGGCGUGGGGCUAGUGAAGUUAUUCAUGACACGUUCCUAUAAUAUGCAUGGAGGAGGUGCCAACUCAGUUGCACCCGGCUUCUCGACAACCACUGGGUUAGGGGCUGAGAUCAUUGGAAGUUUCGUCCUUGUUUACACCGUCUUCUCCGCCACCGACCCGAAAAGAAGUGCACGUGAAUCCUUCAUUCCCGUUUUGGCGCCGUUGCCAAUUGGGUUAGCUGUGUUCAUGGUGCAUCUAGCCACCAUCCCAAUCACGGGCACUGGCAUUAACCCAGCUAGGAGCUUAGGUGCGGCUGUCGUCUACAACAAUCAACAAGUCUGGGACGAGCAGUGGAUUUUCUGGGUCGGACCCUUCCUUGGAGCACUGGCUGCAGCUGCAUACCACGAAUAUGUAUUAAGAGCAGCUGCUGUUAAAGCUUUGUUGUCUUUCCGACCUCACUAA